AUGGCUGAACAGAGCUACCAGCUAAGGGAGAAAGGGACGAGACUUCUAUUAACACUUUCAAAAUGGGUACAAAGCGAGACUGAUACUGUCAUGGAAAAUGAUUCACCACUAAUGAAGUUGGUAUCAGCACUGCCGGAGAUUGGUCUUGUGGAUAAUAACAUUUCCGAAAACGUGAUUCCACUUUCCGACUCAGCAGUCGGCAAGUUGCUACAAUUUGGAGUAAAUCAAUGUCCCGGUUUAGCAAAGGCGUGGGCCAGCUUUGCGUCCUGGUGUUUCAGGUGGGGUCGAAAAAUGGUCGAGUUCAGCUCAAAAACACGCGAACAACUUACCGACAACGAUAAAAUGCAAAUAGAAGGUGUUAUGAUUGGAUGCUCGCCGCAAGAUUUUGAGGCUGUUUGCGAGAUUUUGUCAAAAACCAAAGCGACAUGCGACGACGAGGAUAUAGACUGGAACGAAAUAAACACGUCCGAAAUGAUUGAGAACCAGCUACGUACAGUGCCCUCAUUAAACAGUGCCUAUCCUGAACAUCUGGCUUUGCUUGUGGACAUUUGGCGUCAAGCUCAGAAAAGGGUUUUCUCGUACUUCGAGCUGUCUGCUGAUGCAUAUUUUAAGUUCCUACAGCUAAUUUGCGCAUCAGACUAUAUUAAUCACAGCGGCGAGAACGCUGUAGUAAACGCUACGCUCAGAUUGUUGAGACUUAUUGUGAAACAUGCCAUGGAGUUGCAAACGGUGUUGGAGUCAGGUUUGGCAAAUACUCCUACUCAGCCGUGGAAAGUGAUUAUUCCCCAGCUGUUUUCAAGACUUAAUCACCCUGAAACAUACGUGAGGAAGUGUGUAUCGGACUUACUUUGCCGAUUGGCGGAAGACACGCCGCAUCUAAUCACGUUCCCCGCAGUUGUUGGUGCGGUUGAAAAUGAACAGAACAGUUUAACGGAACUAAGCGUCCCAAGAUCGUUUUUGUCCAAUGAUGACGCCGAUAGCGACGAGGACAAACUCGAAUUAGAGGAUGCUGGAAGUGACAAAAUAACCAACAACGAAUUGAAUUCUUGUUUCCUUGACAUGGUGGAGACAUUGGCGAAACAAGCUCCGAAAACAAUCCUUCAGGUGAAAUUGUUGGUGAAGGAAUUGCAGAGAAUCAAUUUACUUUGGGAUGAACUGUGCCUCGGGACCCUAGUUCAACACCAUUCCGAAUUUAACAAACGAUUGACUCAAUUGGAGGCCGAAAUUGCCAAAGUAAAGAAUAACGUAAAUCUGUCGGAAGAAGAAAAGGAGAAACUUAUUAAAGAGAAACAUCGUAUUAUUUUUGAACCCAUUGUUUUCGUGAUAGAACAGUUGAAUCAAAUUACGUCGGUGAAACCUGAGACCCCACACGAAACGGCUUUUCAAGCCAAAUUUCAAUCUCUCAUGUGUGAGGUUAUAGAUAAAUUAAAAAAUCCACCCAACCCUGAAAAGCCGCAAGAAUCAUGGGCACCUCUGAAGCAGUUGCAGAUAAAAUUGCAACAGAAAGUAAAUAAGCGUACUUCGUACAUUCUGAAGAUGUGCGACAUCAGCCCCGUUUUGGCGGAAAUGAGAAAUACGGUCAUCACAAUGCCCGGUUUGCAUACAAACCAGAGGACUGUCAGGGUCACUAUAAAAUCUAUCGAGAACAACGUUGCCAUUUUACCUACAAAGACCCGCCCCAAGAAAUUAAUGUUCUACGGUUCGGACGGAAAGGCGUACACGUACCUUUUCAAGGGCUUGGAAGACUUACAUUUAGACGAGAGAAUCAUGCAGCUGCUGUCAAUAACGAAUACCAUGUUGGCGCGCGACUCUGAGAAUAAUGACAAUCAAACGUACAGGGCCCGCCAUUACUCCGUCAUCCCUUUGGGCCCUCGGUCUGGCCUAAUCAGCUGGGUGGACAACGUGACUCCGCUCUUCGCUCUGUACAAGCGGUGGCAGAACCGCGAGGCCGCCAUUUUGUCCGCUAAGACCAACAAGACGGUGAACGUGCUGCGCCCUUCGGAGCUGUUCUACAACAAGCUCAGCCCGCUGCUCAAGGAGGCGGGGAUCGCCACGGAGAACAGGAAGGAGUGGCCCGUCCCCAUCUUGAAGCAGGUGCUGGAGGAGCUGACCGCGGAGACGCCAAAAGACCUGCUCUCCAGGGAGCUGUGGUGCAGCAGCGUGACGCCGGAGCAAUGGUGGCAGAUGACGCGCCGCUACAGCUACUCCGUUGCGGUGAUGAGCACCAUCGGCUACAUAAUAGGGCUCGGUGAUAGACACUUGGACAACGUGCUAGUGGACUUGACGUCCGGUGAGGUGGUUCACAUUGACUAUAACGUGUGCUUCGAGAAGGGCAAGACGCUGCGUGUGCCGGAGAAGGUGCCCUUCCGGAUGACGCCCAACCUGGUGGCCGCCCUCGGUGUGACCGGAGUUGAG